CUCAGCACGGCGCGCGGGGGAGCGCGCGAGGCGCAUGCGCGGUGUCGGGUUCCCCCCCCCCACACACACACAGUGCUCUGGUGUCGCCGCUGCCGCCGUAGGCACCGUUGCCGCCUCCCUGCCGGCAAGUGUGGGAAGGAGGAGCCGAGGGCCGUCGCCGCCGUUGCCGCCAUGGGGCUGGAAGACACUGAAAAGGCUCUGAAUAAAUUUCUACUUGGGAACAGCUGUCAGCGGCCACCUAAGAUGACAUCUCCUCCCUGAAAACUGCCCUGAAUGUGUCUCAAAGGAAGUCAAGCAAAGCAAAGGAGAAGAAGCAGAAGCGGUUGGAGGAGCGAGCAGCCAUGGAUGCCGUCUGUGCCAAAGUGGAUGCCGCCAACAGGCUUGGAGACCCUUUAGAGGCUUUCCCAGUGUUCAAGAAAUAUGAUCGAAAUGGGUUAAACGUCUCCAUUGAAUGUAAGCGAGUGUCUGGACUGGAGCCAGCCACCGUGGAUUGGGCCUUCGACCUGACCAAAACCAACAUGCAAACCAUGUAUGAGCAAAGCGAGUGGGGCUGGAAGGACCGAGAGAAACGGGAGGAAAUGACAGAUGACCGAGCCUGGUACCUCAUUGCUUGGGAGAACAAGUCGGUCCCUGUUGCAUUUUCUCACUUCCGGUUUGAUGUGGAGUGCGGGGAUGAAGUCCUGUACUGCUACGAAGUGCAGUUGGAAAGCAAGGUGCGGCGGAAAGGCCUGGGGAAGUUCCUCAUACAGAUCCUGCAGCUCAUGGCCAACAGCACACAGAUGAAGAAAGUUAUGUUAACGGUAUUUAAGCACAAUCAUGGCGCCUACCAGUUCUUCAGAGAAGCGCUGCAAUUUGAGAUCGAUGACUCUUCCCCCAGCAUGUCUGGGUGCUGCGGGGAGGAUUGUUCCUACGAGAUUCUGAGCCGGAGGACCAAGUUCGGGGAUAGUCAGCACUCGCAUGCGGGCGGGCACUGUGGUGGCUGCUGCCACUGAACUCCCAAGCCAGGACACUCUCUCCAAGGCCUGCCCUCUCCCCUGGCCGCACCCCACUCGCCAGGUGCCCGCGGAGCCGUGGCCUCCUCAGCCCUGCACAGGCCCGGCUGCACCCUGAGAGCACAGACCCUGGGAGGAGUGGUCACCCCCUGUCUCCUGCAGAGCAGAGUGCCGCGGGGGAGCAGCGGAGAGGAUGCUGAGGGAAGAGCUGGCAGAAGCCGGGGCACGGAGUCAUCCUCGCAGAGAGGCUGCCUUCUCACUCCACUCUUGAGCAUAAGACUCCCCAAUUUCUCAGUAGCUGGAUCCUGACAGCCCCGCCCCGUCCCCCUGCCCUAUGUGCACAUGUGUGUGCACGUACGUACACACACACACACACACACACACGCUUGGACAAAUGGAGUGUUUAUACCCACCUUUAUGAAAGUCCUAGAGCCCUGGGUCGGGGUCUGGCUGGUCCCCGAAGAGGAACGGACUCAGUGUAAGGUCUGGGCGUAGAGAGGCUUCAGAGACUCAUGCGCUGUGGACAGAAUGCUCUGAUGGAGACCAUGGGAAGAUCUUUGUGCCACGACAGGGAAGCAAGGGUGCUCUUUCUAGCUUUUAUGGAUCCACAGAGGAGUCAUCCCAGGGGGCUAGCCGACUCUGGGAAGAAGGCUGCCUCCCUCUCCAUCGCUGUGAGAGGGGCUGAGAGGACCAGGAACAAAGUGUCGAAUGGAGCCCGCCAUGGGGACAAAUGCUUCUUUGGGCUUUUCGACUUUGCUGCAUUCUAAGCAAACCUCUUGAUCUCAUGGCAGUGACUCGAGGUUUUCAUUCAUAGAAAAAAGCCAGAGGUCCUGCCUGUUCCUGUCCCUUGCACCUCAUUACUCUUUCUCCCUGUCUCUCACCCCCACCCCAGAUACCUCUAUUCUUACUCUCAAGGGGGGAAUAACAUCAGGGAGCCCAUCGUCUUCCCCCAGGAGGACCCCUCGUUCCUGGCAUGUUCAGUGCCCUUUCUGCUCAUAUCUUGGUGCUGAUAGCUGUCUGUGGAGGGGCUUCCCUCCCUCUUCAGAGAGCCCCCAGCCAGCAGCAGGCCCUCUGCCUGCGCUCCCCAGCCUCGCCCCUCACUGCCUCACUGAGGCCCUAGUGCCACUGCCCUGGCUGGCAGCGCAGGCUGCAGCAGGAACACCUAGGUGGCCGCAUCGCCCUGUGGCAGCAGGCUGGAGCAGGGGAGAAGGCCUUCCUCUUCUCACAGGACAGAGGGGUCAGAGCUCACACUCGCCCUGAUCUCUAGGCCUUGUUCCCCCUCUAGGGGGAAAAAAAUGACCAAAUUCUUAUCCAGGAGAAAGCACCUAACACCUCCCCUUAGACAUCCUUGAGACCUGCUUUAGGGAGUGUCUUCAAGUUCUAGCCUUUGAAGUUGCUGUCUUGGAAGUCUGGGUCCUUCUGACCUCAGAAUCUGCUCACAGCCCGCCCUCUGUCCUGACUUCGGGCAUCUGCGCCGGGGAGCUCCCCGGAGCUGUUCCUGCUUCUCCCACAGACUCUGCUUGUGCAGAGGCCUGUGCACAGCCUCCACCCGGCCCAGCCCCCACGGAGCACUCGGCGUGGUGUGGCGUGGCAUUGCCCUUGACCCCGCCAGCUGUUGUCUGGGUCGCUCCCUUGGAGAGGGCCCUGCAGCUUUACACUGGAAUAAGCCCACCUGUGCCCUUGUCCUGCUGGCUCCCAGGGGAUUUUACUCAAGGGGGAGAGUUUCGGUUGUUGGGAGGGCAUUGGUGGGCUCCUUCCAAGAAUCAUGGAACGAUAAGCAUGCUUAGGAAGAGUGUUUCCUCUAAUCCCUGUCUUUCAAAGGACACAGAAUGGUGACUAUUUAUUGUCUUAGAUCAUGGAUUUCUGAUACUUCCCACUCAAGGGGACCAAAAGGAACCCCCAGUGUAAAUCCCACAUAAGGUGAGUUCAGUGUAUGUUGUCUCUUCCCAGUAAUUGGACACCUGGCACUGAGCCCGUUGGUGCCCGGGGAGCUUGGUGCCGUGCCCUGCCCGUCCAGCCUCUGCCACCUCGGAAGGGCUGCCCGGGAGGUCGGGGCUGGGGCGGGUGAGGCGCUGCCCGAGUCAGCACGUUGCUCUUGUUGAUGUUGAGCCCGUUCAGUUCUCAACCAUCUGUCUUUCUCAAUUUCCCCAGGUCUUGGUUUUGAGAAACAUAGCAGGCCUUUACCAGGCUUUUUUGUUCUUUCUUUGGGGCACAUUAAAAUAUUUUUUAAGAUUUUUUUCUUUAUAGUUGUAUCCACUCUUAUUUCAGGUUAUUUUUGUUGAUGUCAAAUGUGCACAUGACAUGUGUAUGGUUCUUUUUAACCCUUUAUGGUUUUUUUAGAGGAAACUUUGAAGAUAAACUCCUUGAUAUAUAUUUUUUUUCUUUAGCAACUUAUCACUGGAAUCAAAGGAAAAAAAGAUCUCUUUUGCAUUGGUUGUAUUUGUAUGUCACAAAUAAAAGAUACUUUGUUCAA